AUGAAUCCAAUAGCACUUUAUGAAGAGACUGAACAAUCUGAAGAACCGGAGGAGUGGGCCGGAAAGAAUCUAAAGUGUUGGCUUCGUUAUCAGCUUCAUGCAAUGAGAGAUGGUUCUAUAAUCUGUAUAUUUAUUAGAAGAGUUAAUAAUCAAUAUUUAUUUAUUUAUAAAAUAUUUACAAUAUUGUUAAAUGAAAUAAUGUACAAGAAUGUUGGAUCAACUAAUGUAAGUAUGCCAGAUUCUCUUCAAAUUGACAAGAUCGUUUUUAAUGGAGACAGAUCUUACAGAUGUUGA